AUGAUACCUAUGUUCGCUAACCUCAACGUUUUGAGGACAGCCAUAAGAUGUCCUCAAACUUUUUCCAUGAUAAGGCUAAUCUCCACCAAUUCUCUAACCAAAGGCCAAUUACCAUUUAGUUACUCUCUAAAUGGUCCUAAGUUUGUGAAAUAUACGAGAGAUCAUGAAUGGAUUGCAGCACAUGAAGAUGGAGUAGCGUUUAUCGGUAUCACAAAAUAUGCCUCUGAUUCUUUAGGUGAUGCCACCUAUAUUGAAUUGCCUGAACCUAAUAGUGAAAUUGAAAAGGGGGAGUCUAUGGGUUCUGUGGAAUCUGUUAAAUCUGCAUCUGAAAUUUACCAACCAGUGAAUGGUGAAAUCUUGGAAGUCAAUACAGCUUUGGAAAAUAAACCACAAUUGAUCAAUGAGGACCCAUUAGGAUUGGGUUGGAUUGCAAAAAUGAGGGUAGCCGAUCUUAAGGAUAUUGAACAAGGAGAAGAUUUACUAAGUUUAGAACAAUAUGAGGAAUCUUUGAAACAUGAUGAUGAGGAAUAA